AUGCAAACAUCACCCAAGUCCGUCUCUUCUCUCUCCCUCUCUCUCACUAUCCUCCUCCUUCUCCAAUCCACCAUCAUCCAAGCCGACAUGUCAACCAUGACAGCCAUCUCCUCACCAACGUCAGCCUACGAGAACCCCUUCACCAUCUACACGAGCAUGACAAACUCGCUCGGCGUCAUCACGGGAAUGCCAUCGGUCGUCACCAGCCAGCCGGAAGCCGUCACCAGUCAACCCGCUUCGCCCACCUUGCCAACUUACUCUGGAUACGCGUACGGCAACAGCUCCAGCAUCGCAACAAGCUCGAGCAUAUCCACAACCUCGUCACCCACCACUCUGGCAACGAGCACCGUCGUCGUGAGCGGGAGCGCCAGUCCCAUUGAAUCCGAGACGGCUACCGCUAGUGCCACAUUCGCCCAAUCCACCGGCGGCGCUGUGGUGAAUAGAGUGGCCGGCGCCGGAAUCGGCUUGGUUGUGCUCGGUCUCGGAUUUUCCAUGCUGUGA